GUCGCGAGGGGAGUCCGCAAGGCGGCCGCAGGGGCGCGCCCGGGGCACGCUGGGAACGCUGGGGGUGCCCCGGCCCUCCUGACCCGGAAGGGCUGGCGUGUGGUAACCCCGGCUUCCCUAGCAACCGAGCGGGCGUGAGUCGUCUCACUCUCGCCGGCUGCCUCCCGGGAUGCCGCUGCAGGUUAGCAAUUACAGCUGGCAGCAGACGAGCACUGCGGUCUUCAUCUCUGUGCCCCUCCGAGGCGUCAGCGUCCGAGACGCGGACGUGUUCUGCACGGAAAAUUAUUUGAAGGUGAACUGCCCUCCAUUUUUAUUCGAGGUGUUUCUCUAUGCUCCUAUAGACGAUGAGAGCAGCAAAGCUAAGAUUGGGAAUAACACUGUUGUUUUCACCCUGCACAAAAAAGAAGCAGCCAUGUGGGAGACCCUUUCUCUGUCAGGUGUUGACAAAGAGAUGAUGCAAAGAAUAAGGGAGAAGUCUAUCCUACAAGCACAGGAAAGAGCAAAAGAAGCUAUGGAAGCAAAAGCUGUGGCAAGGAGGGAAGAUCAAAAAUAUACACUAAAUGUCAUGAUGAAGAUUGAAGAAGAAGAGAGGAAAAAAAUAGAAGAUAUGAAAGAAAAUGAACGGAUAAAAGCAACUAAAGAAUUGGAAGCCUGGAAAGAAUGUCAAAGAAAAGCUGAAGAACUUAAAAUAAUUCAGAGAGAAGAAAAAUUAUAUCAUCAAGAAAAGCAAAUGGAAGAAAAGAGAAAAAAAUUAAAACAUAAAUGUCUUACUGGGAAUUCAGCAUCUAAAAAUUUUGCCACAAAAGGGAGAAAUUCAGGAAAUAUAUUUUUUGAGAAGUUAAAGGAAGACAAUAUUCCUGCUCCUCGUUCUGUUGGCAGUAUUAAAAUCAGCUUUACUCCUCGAGUAUUCCCGACAGCUCUCCGGGAAUCACAAGUAGCAGAAGAGGAGGAGUGGCUACAUAAACAAGCAGAGGCACGAAGAGCAAUGAAUACUGAUAUUCCUGAACUUAGUGAUUUAAAAGAAGAGGAAAAGAACCCAGAAUGGUUGAAGGACAAAGGAAACAGAUUGUUUGCAACAGAAAACUAUUUGGCAGCUAUUAAUGCAUACAACUUAGCCAUAAGACUAAAUAAUAAGAUUCCACUACUGUAUUUGAAUCGGGCUGCUUGCCACCUAAAACUGAAAAAUUUACACAAGGCCAUCGAAGAUUCUUCUAAGGCCCUAGAAAUAUUGACACCUCCUGUUGCAGACAAUGCUAAUGCAAGAAUGAAGGCACACAUACGUCGUGGAACAGCAUUCUGUCAACUGGAAUUGUAUGUAGAAGGCCUACAGGAUUAUGAAGCUGCUCUUAAGAUUGAUCCAUCCAACAAAAUUGUACAAAAUGAUGCUGAGAAGAUUCGGAAUAUAAUUCAAGGAACAGAACUAGAAUCUAAAUGACUACAAGAAGCAACUAGGUAUUGUUCUAAGUUUAACAAAACAACUAGAGGCAUUAGAAAUCUGUGCAUAUUAUGGCUGAUUAUACAGAAUCAUUUUGUCUUUAGUUCCAUAGAGGGCAGAAUAUUAUAAAUCUGUAGAAAAUGAAAUUUUGAUUUGAAUGGUUUUUGAAUAAGUAAGUCAAAAUAAGAAUAAUUAUUUAAAUUAUUUGUUUCAUAUUACUACAGGAUUUUUUUUGUUACUGAAUUCAGCUUUCCCUUAUAACUAACAAUAUAUUUGUUGAUGUGAUUACUAGGACACUUACUGAUUCAUUUUUAACAAGAAGUUUAAAAUAAAAGAUUAUGUUUAUAAAAUAUUUUUAUUUGUAUUAACUACUCAAUUUAAUUGUCUGAAUGCUUGGCCUUGGUAUAAUCAAUAUUGAUGUUUCCACUUAGUUUCUAAAUGCACAGAACCUUCUUUUAAAAAAAUACUGCUCCACCACCUGUUGUUUUAGGUUAGACCAGUUUACCUUAGUAUUACUAAAACAACUUUUUGGAAAACCUUAUCUUCAGCUGUAGGGAGUGUAGCCAAAGCAUGGAUCAUAUUUUAUAAUACUAUCUGAUGAUGAUGACUUUUCUAGUAAGACUGUUUUCUAGUACUGUCAAGUAUACCAGGAAAAAAAGGAUAAGACAGCAAAGGGUGGAAAUGUUAACUUAGAAUGUGGUGAUACUGGCACUGGAUUGCACCACCAGUUGUGUUGUAUCACUGUGAUGGUGCAAGCAUUAAGCAAAACCAGCACAGCUUCCCUUUUGCAUAUAACAGUUGUCACAAUUCUCUGUGAUUAUAUUUAGGGGUUUUUUAAGGAAAACCACAAAAUUUUU